GAUUACAUCCCAGUUGAUCAAGAAGAGCUGAGGGACUAUGUAAAAGCCAGACUGAAGGUUUUCUAUGAAGAAGAGCUUGAUGUACCACUGGUCUUAUUCAAUGAAGUCUUGGAUCAUGUGCUGCGAAUUGACAGGAUCUUCCGUCAGCCUCAGGGACACUUGCUUCUGAUUGGCGUUAGCGGAGCUGGGAAGACUACUCUCUCACGAUUUGUGGCUUGGAUGAAUGGCUUGAGUGUCUACCAAAUUAAGGUGCACAGAAAAUACACUGGAGAAGACUUUGAUGAAGAUCUAAGAACAGUGUUGAGACGCUCUGGCUGCAAGAACGAGAAAAUAGCAUUCAUAAUGGAUGAAUCAAAUGUGCUCGAUUCUGGGUUCCUGGAGAGAAUGAAUACUCUUCUGGCCAAUGGAGAG